AUGAGUCGCCGCGGCGGCCAGCAGCAGGCGCGCUUUCAGAACGCUGCCUCUGGCGCGGACUCUGUUGAGAAGAACUUCGACGCGGUGUCGGUAACCGAGUCCUGGAGGACCUGGCGGGUUGGGCAUCCCAUCCGAGCUGGUGCCCCAAGUGCAUGGAAGCAUCAGUGGCAAGGCGGCGCGUUGCCCGAGUACUCCGCUGCCUCUGGCGCGGCUGGGGGGCCGUUGACGCACAUGCGCUGCGCGAACGUCCACGGGAUCUGGGCUUCGGCGCCCGCCCGCCCCAUGGUCAUUGCGUCGCAAAAAUACAAAGCAGACAAAGAACGCGACCCAGCUGAGUUUGAUCAGUUCGGUCGCGCGGUCAAAUACCACCAGAGCAUAUUUGACCUGAUCCUGUCGGCGUCGGCUCGCGUGGAGAUGCUCAUCGGGUGCUCUGUGAACGAUGCCGCCAAAAGGGUGUCUGGGCGCACUUCUGGGCUGCUCGGUUUGUGGUGGAGACCUGCUCCUAGAAAGAAGCUCUCGAGGGGGCAAGGGGAUGUGGCGAGGUCAGUCUUUUUCGACUUGGUCGAAGCCGCCCACCGCGUGCCCGACAUGUGCGCCGCGGAGUAUGACGCUCUCUCUGGCGUCUCCGCUGCCUCUGGCGCGUCCGCUGCCUCGGUGCGUCCGCUGCCUCUGGCGCGUCCGCCGCUCCUGCUGCUGCAGCUGCUGCGGUUGCUGCUCCUGCGCCAGCUCCUGCGCCACUCCCGCCGCCUGCUCCUGCGCCGGCUCCUGCGCCAGCCAGCGU